AUGAAAGUUUGGCUACUUGGGAUUCUUAUUGUAGCUGCUUACGCUAAACACGAGGAAUAUGACGGAUGGACAUCGUACUACGUGGUACCAUACGACUUCGAUCAGCUAGAAGCGUUUAACUUUGUAGUCCAGAAAUAUGACCUUGACGUUUAUGGACACCCGGCUAUCAAGAGGGAGGGGCUGGUGUUAGUAGACCCGGCCAAUAAGAAGAACUUCACCGAUGCCUUGGAAGAGUUGGGGAUUAAGUACAGAAUACACACUGAAGAUAUGAAAACGCACCUGAAUCUGGAAGAUCAGAUGUUCACUGACAAAGUAUCAGCAUCUCCGAGUAGAAUAGGCGGCAGACUCCCGUACAAUCAAUAUCAAUCGGUGGAGGCGAUACACAAAUACAUGGAUGAUGUCGCUGCAGCACAUCCAAACAUAGCAAGAGUAGUCACCCCCACGAAUUCCUUCCACGGCCAACCCAUAAAAUAUAUGAGAAUCUCAACGACAAAUUUCCAAGACUCCCGCAAACCUGUUAUCUUCUUGGAUGGCGGUAUGCACGGACGAGAGUGGUUAUCUAUUCCUCCAGUCACCUAUGCUAUAAACCAGUUGGUAGAAAAUGUGACUGACCCCACUCUCUUGAGCAGAUUUGAUUGGAUCCUGCUGCCCAUUGUGAAUCCUGAUGGGUAUAGGUUCUCCCGUCAAGGUAGCGUCACAUGGAGGAAGAGCCGAUCGAUUGUCCCUGGCAAUCAAUGGAGUUUGAUGUGUCCUGGAGUGGACAUCGACCGCAAUUUUGACUUCGUGUGGAAUACUAUUGGAACAAGCGAUAACCUUUGCUCCUAUGUCUAUCCUGGAGAACGACCGUUUUCCGAAGUAGAAGCCAGAGUUGUGAGGGACAUCCUGCAUCAACACAGAAAUAUCUUAAUGUACAUCUCGUUCAGCAGUUUCGGAAGCUUCAUCAUGUACCCUUGGGCCUUUGACGGUUCUUUAUCUGAACAUGCCUUUAGACAGCAUGCUGUUGGGAUAAGUAUGGCAGAUGCCAUCAAUGCAGCUAAACACCCUAAUUUCUUAAACUAUCGAGUUGGUAACGCUGGUUUGAUCCGAGGGUCUGGAAUGGCCGGAACAUCUGUGGAUUACGCUCACAGUGUUGGGGUCCCUCUAGCUUAUUCUAUUGAGUUGCCAGGUCUGUUUGGUGGUUACUGGAUGGAUCCGAUUUGGAUAGAACAAAUCGUUAUUGAAACCUGGGAAGGUGUUAAGGCUGGUGCUCGCAGAGCUUUGGCAACCAAUUGA